AUGGAAGAGAACGUGUCAAUUGGAGAUGAAAACUCACCUUUUAAAGUCACCGUUGACAAGUAUUGUAACUAUAUUAUCGAGAUAAAAAAGUUGAUCGAUCAACCUCGAGUCGGCAUCGAAGAUGAUGACUCGAAUAUUGUGCCAGCUGAGUCACCGGGAAAAAUAAAUUCGAUGACAAAUAUCAACUUUCUGGACUUUGUUAAUGAGAUAUCUGAGGCAACGAGAACACUUUCAUUGAAUGGCAAAGACGUUUUUCUUCGAUACGGAAAACGUCUGGAAGACCAGGAUAUUCAAAACUUACUAAUUUUUCUGCGAGAAAAUCCAGCAAUUGUUGACCUUGAUUUAUCUUUCAAUGAUAUUCACUGUGAUGGUUUCAUCGAUAUAAUCAACUACCUCACGGCUCACGAACAAAUCGUAAGACUCAAUCUACAAAACAACGAAAUAAGAACCAAGGGGGUAGCACACUUAUGUGAAUCUGGGGACAACUUGAAACUGGAAGUUCUGUGGUUGAAUGGGAACAAAUUUGGUGUGGAGAGUUCGAAACAAUUGGCAUUAAUGCUUUCGAAAAAUCGAUGGCUUCGUGAACUGAAUGUGGCUGAGGUCGAUCAAACUGCUUCGAGUCUGGUUUACUUUACUACAAUUCUGAGACACGAUCAGGAUCUGCACAACGCAACUCUUAAGACUUUGAACAUCAGUAGCCCCCAUCCAGGAUGCAUGUACUAUUUCGAUAGUGCUCAUUUUGCCACUCUCAUUGGCUCCAUGCUCAAAACCAACAAAUGUCUGCAAAAUUUGCAUAUCCAAAAGUUCGGAUUUACCUGCCACGAUAUCGAGCUGAUGUUUGUAGAUGGAAAAUUGAACAGAACUCUUUUACUCCUGGAUUUGAGUGGCAACAAUAUCGGUGAUUUUGGGGUCGAAUUUAUCGCCGAAUGGUUGGCGAAAAAGCCAGCAAUUUCUAGGCUGGUAUUAGCUCAUAAUAUUAUAACGAGUGCAGGAGCGAGAGCUUUGAGCCAGGGAUUACCAUUUUCGAAAAUCAAGCAUCUUGAUAUCUCGUACAACCGCAUAGACGACUUCGGAAUCAGUGAUAUUCUCAAUACCCUGAAGAAGAGUCCUUGCAUUAGGAGCUUAAAGUUAUUUGGAAAUUGCGUCGGUUACGAAUCUUCAAAGAUUAUCAAUCGAAUGUUACUAUCCGGAGUUCUAGUUCAAAAUCAUUUGGAUGUGAGACCAUACAGAGUUAAUCACGAAUGGCAAUGUGCUCUUUACCAAGAAGAACAUUUUUAA